AAGGUAAGAUCAUCACCGAGUGAAUGCCCUAUAUCCAAAGUUCGUGUUUGGACAUCAGGUAAGUCCAGUCUUGUUUCAUACCAAGGAGUAAACAGUUUUCAAAUAACUCCACUACAAUGUCUCUUUUAAGACCGUCCAUCGCUCUCUUCAGUCGACGAGCAACUCUCUUGAGCGUCCGCCAGAAUCUGGCAGCAAGACCUAUCUCAUCGACUCCAGUUCAAUUCGCACAAGGUUACGGAGACGGAGAAGGGGACCCCAAAGGAGAGAAUCCUCAGCAUCAGGGGAGCUCCAACAACACGAAGCACAACGCGGAGCAUCCAGGCCCAGAGCCACCAAUUGAAGGACAAGGCACAGGAGCAGGGCCAACCAAAGGCGGCGCAGGCAAAUCGCCAGAAGAUGCCUCAGCACAAUCAGGAGGAGCGAGGUCCAAAGAUGCAAAGGAGACCGGAUCCAGCCCAACUGGAGGCUCGAUUGGCCCGGGUGGAGGCAAGGACAACAGCAAAAGUUCCCCGAAGAUACAGAGCAGGAGCGAACCCGGUGGUCGGAAUACUGAGAGCAAGCAAGCUGAGGUAUAGAAGCAUAAUAGGGAAUUUGAACAGGGACACGACGGAGGCAGCGGAAGACAAGGUUGACAAGAAGUUUUGGAGCGGUAGGUGUUGAUAAGAUGUCUUUGGAGAACUCAUCUGCCUUCAUAUCUGCUAAUUACGCUGCAGGGCACGGAGGAGAGGACAGUCAACUAUAGGUGUAAUCUACAUGAGGGCAGAAUCUAUUGUUUGAUCUAAAUCCUAAGGGAAUGAUUCCAUGUAUUAUUCGCUGUGUUCUCCUGAUUUGGGCUGCUCCUUCAUACCUUUUCUAUUUCCAGCUCUUGAUAUUGAUAGCAAAAACUAUUUUUCCC